GCCUUCGGAGCGUGCACUUGUCUCCCUCAGAGUGAUGAGGUUGUUGUCUGUUGUGGAGCUGCUCAUACCUUCCGAGCUGGCUGUCGGAUCUAGCGUCCCGCUUUGACUUGAUUUCCUUCUCUCUGGAUCCGACGAUCUUUUCUCUCUCGAGUUGGGCAGAAGGAGCUCCGGAAAUGCUGUGACUGCUUUGGAAAUUUCGAGGGUAAAUGAGGCGAGGUCGUUGGGCAUGGUGACUGUGUUGGUGCAUUCACUCCAGAGUUUAGGUUCCACGAUGCAUUGGAAUAAUCAAGAAGUAGAAUGAUAUCAUUAAAAAUCACAAAGAUGAAGGUCAUGGAUUUGGAUUCUGUUCUUUGAUUUUUUUUCCCCAUUCACAUGCACAGCCCCAUUAAUUCCUGGGAGUAAGCACUGGAAUUUGAAAUCUGCUAAUAAUAAAACAGCAAGAGAUGCCUCAUUUUUAUAAUUCAAACAGCUAAUUGUAUGUAUUGGAUAGCAUUCCACCACAGUAGAUCUACUUAGUUAUAUCGGCUAUGCAAGACAGCACCAAAAUCUCAAGAAACAAAGAGCACAAAAGUCUUGAAUUCUGUUUGACUGUCAAAUAAAAACUAAAUUUUCAAGAUGACUACUGUGUACAGAAGAAGAAAAUGUCAGUUUCUCCAGUUAGUUGUCACUUGUUUUUCCUGCUGCUUUAUCCUACUAUAUUGGGAGGAGCUAGAUGCAAAUGUCAUUAGUCAUUUGAAGUCUUACUCUUACAGGUAUCUCAUCAAUAGUUAUAAUUUUUUGAAUGAUAGCAUGACUCUGAACAAGGAGACAGCAGCUAGCCUUCACAGUUACAGAUACUUGAUCACCCAUGAAAAUAAAUGCAAAGAUCAGGACGUGUUACUCCUUCUGUUUGUGAAAACCUCUCCUGAAAACCGUCCUCGGCGGGAUGCUAUUCGUCAGACUUGGGGCAAUGAACAAUAUAUAAAUUCAGAGUUGAAGGUCACCAUUAAGGUAAUUUUUGUUUUGGGAGUACAUAAAGAUCUCUCCCAAAGAGACAUUGUACAGCAUAAGUUAUUGAUAGAAGAUCAACAGCAUUCUGACCUCAUCCAACAGGACUUCUAUGAUGAUUUUCACAACCUUACACUGAAACUAAUCUUCCAGUUCAAGUGGGCAAAUACUUUCUGCCAAAAUGCUAAAUUUGUUAUGUCCUCCGAUGAUGAUGUUUUUGUACACACUCCAAAUCUAGUAAACUACCUGCUACAGCUAGAUAAAGAAACAAGUAAUUUCUGGAUUGGUCGCGUACACAAGGGUGCACCCCCUGUAAGAAACAAAGAAAGUAAAUACUAUGUUCCAUAUGAAAUGUAUCAAUGGCCUGCAUAUCCCGAUUAUACAGCAGGUGCUGCAUAUGUUGUGUCCCAGGAUGUUGCAGUGAAAGUCUACGAGGCCUUAAUGACUCUAAACAGCAGCCUUUAUAUAGAUGAUGUCUUUAUGGGCAUUUGUGCCAAAAAGAUGGGAGUACCACCGCAACAUCAUGUAUAUUUUGCUGGUGAAGGAAAGGCCCCGUAUCAUCCAUGUAUUUAUAACCAAAUGAUGACCUCUCAUGGGCAUGUAAAAGAUAUCCACCAUUUGUGGAGGGAGGCCACACAUGCAAAAGUGACUUCUCUCACCUCUGGAUUCUGGGGACAACUUUACUGUCGACUUAUCAAAAUGUUCCUUCUCUGCAAACCAUACUAUGUAGACACGUAUCCUUGUAUUGCUGCAUUUUCCUAGUGCACUAUUUACAUGAAGUAAAAACAGCACUGAAUUUGUUACUCUGGUUGGAUUUGGUGGGUAAAGAGUAAAGAAAUUGAAAAUAUCAAAUGGAGAAGUUUAAUUGAGAACAAAUUGACUUUUAACUACUCUUGAAUGUUUUUUUUGACUGUUCAUAGAUUUUGUUUAAGUGCAAGAUACCAAGUAUCAACAGUUUACAAAAUGGGAAAACCAAAUGAUCUGUCAAGUAAAUGGAGACUUAUACUAGUGUCUGCUGCUGCAAUUCUCCAGAAGCUGUCUGCAGAGAUCUAGUUGGAGAAAAUGGUGAGCAGUGAUCAAAUGCAGAGAAAUAUAAUAUCUAGGCAGCCCUGAUUACUCUGCCAUGAAGCAUUUUGCCAACUAGUCCACAAACUCUUAAUUGUACAUGCACAUUUUAACUGGUUUAAUUAGAUAAAUGGCCAAAUAUAACACUUGGCUGUUGCUACAUUUUGCACCUGGUAGCAAUUUUCUAAGCAGUAAAUACUCAUAGCAAUUUGUAUGAAGAUGUGCAUCCUGGAUAUUUCAAGUAAUUGUCCUUUUUUUCUUAUGAUUUUAAAAGAUAUUUCCUAUUGAGACAAAAAUUCAUAUGAAAUUAACAUUUCCCUUCCCAACCCACCAUGUUUUUCAGCCAUUUGGUACCUUAUAAAUCCAAUAUCCAGUAACUUUUCCUAAAAGUAAAACUUAUUAAAUCCAUGUUCUUUCAGGUACUUUGAUAUCCAUCAAAUAUCUCUAUCUUAGGAAAGAAAUGCAAUCAAAGGUCAUGUUAAAGUUAAUUGCAUGGCAUGUACAAAUCAGGGCUUUAAGGCACUAAGAAUAUUUCUAAAUAUUUUAUUGCUCUUGUUAUCCAAAUGCAGUAAAAUGAUAGCUAAAUAUUUCUGAUAAGCAAGCCUCUGAAUCUUUUGUUUGCAAAUAUGAGCCAGUGGUUUACAUGUGAAGAUGAAGUUUCACUUCUGUCUCUUAAUUUAAAAUUAUUUUUUAAGAAAGAGAGCAUUCUGUAUACUCUGCUAAUUUUCUCCCACUGUUAUCAUAUCACUGACCUCUCCUCAAUGAAGAGAAAAUAAAUCAUUCACUUCAUCUUAAAUGCCAUCAAUCCUGUGCUGCAAUUGAUGAUGGCAGAAGAGCUGCAGUUUGAAGUGAGCUAGUUUUUGUCUGUAUUUACGUGUGUGUGUGUGUAUUCCAAGUAAUGCUCAUCCCAGAAAUGUGAACCAGUAAAUUUUUGGGUUGGGUAUGGUGUUGAAAAGGCACCUUGCCAAGUUUAUUGUAUUGCCUCUUUAGCAUAGCUGAUUUUUUUUUCAAGUUUUAACUUUUUUUGCUUCAUUUUGUGUGUAUGCAAAUAACCUUCUUGAUGCAUGUUUUUCAUUGAGCAAACUAAUUUAGAAACUGAUCUUUUUGAAAUUUGAAAGUAAUGUGAUUACACAAGUAAACUGCUGAUUUGAAGAAAAAUCCUCACGUUUUGAUUUUAUUAGAUAUACUUGAUGUACAAUUCUUAAAAUAUUUAGUACAUAUCGAAUAUACAAUGCUCAUGAACUAAUCUCAACCCAAUACCAUCACCAAGCUCAUUCCAGAUCUAAGUUUUGAUUCUUGAGUUGCUCCAGUUAACAGAUGAAUCCUCUCAUCAACAUCUAGUUCUGGUUAAAUAGUAAAUCUUCCUACCAUAUACAUCCAUUGUCUUCCCAUCCUGCUACUGCAGUUUUUGCCUUUUAAUUUCAGUGUGGUGAAAUAGUGCAAGAAAUUGUCAGCUUGGCACAAUGUGCAAUGAAUGUGUGUAAACUCUAUAAUAAAUUAGUCUAAUGAUUUGCAUCAACUUAAAGCUUGAAACAAACCAAGAAUUCCUGCUUUAUCAAAAAGAUAAUUCAUCUGCAAGCCUUCAGCAUCUUUAUCCUAUAAAUUAAUGUGUUGCUGUGCACUUCAGUAGCUUUGUCUUGGGGCCUUUAGAAAUAUGAACUAAAUCAUGCUCUUUUGAGCAUAUGCUUUGCUGAGCCAUAGAUUUUACAUAUUGAUAUUACAUACUGUAUUUCAUAUGCUAACUUGACAUUUAAAAGAAUACUGAAUUCCCCUUAUUAGCCUGAAAUACUGGUUUGUCUCAAUGCCUGGUUGCCGCAUUUGACCAAGUGAAGUUGGGUGAUAUUAUUUCAACCUGGCACACAAGGUAAUUGGUUAACUGCUCUGAUUGCCAUAUUUAUAAACCUGGAGGAAUGAUGUGCAGUUUGCUAGCUUGACAAAGUUUGCUUCAGAAUAUUUUAUUUUGAUUCCAAGAGACCAAUCUCUUGUAUUUAUACUGCUAAGCUUGGCUUCUUAUCACAGCAUCAACUUUAUGAACACCCCAAACAUUAAUUGGUUUACAUAUGUACUGUGUAAGGAAAGAAAAGGUUUAGCAGUUUAAAUGCUUAAAAUUUAUUCUCUAGAAUCAAAACAAAGCUACUUUUUAAAAAAAAAGGCAUUUGCUUUAAACAAUCCCUACAUAUGCCACUUGCAGAUUAAUUGUGCAGUAAAUUAAAAUGAGAAUUAUAGCAUGCUAUCCACUGAUAUUUGGAUUCUGGGCAAUUGAUAACGAUGAUGAUUCCAUGAACUGCAGUGGGAAAAUCUAGAGAAGGGAAGGUGUACUAAGGGUCGCCCCUCAAAUGUCUGAUUUACAGAUUUUUGUAUGUACAUAAUUAUACGUACUGUAAAUUAGUUUUAAAAGCUAGAUAUGAUGGAUUUAGGAAUUUACAUGUUGUACUUGUGUAAAGAACAUAAAAUAUUUAUUUAAAAACUAUUUGGAUUUGGUUUCUUAAAGUUUGGAUGGGAGUGUGGAGGAGAAAUUUCACCGCUGACUGAUUUUUUUUUGCCUGAGUUUGUCCCAAACAUUUGUUCCACAUGCUUGGCUAUGAUAUUUCAAGUUAAAGUCCACAUCUCUGCUUCACGUUUCUAAACCUGUAGCAGUUUUAAAGGUUUUCCUUACUCUUCUGCUUUUGAUCAAUUUAUUUUACAUAAUGGUAGUGUUGUAGAAACUAUAGUACAUCUUUUGGUGCUCUUUAAAAAAAAAAUAGAGCAUGUCAGUUGCAAUUCUCUCAUUUGGCAAGAAAUAAUUUGGUAAAUAUAGAUGUAUAUUUUUAAAGAAAAUAACAUUCACUUUCUCAUUUAAACUAAAAUUUGUUUAACCAACUAACUUUUUUUGGAAAUUGAUUAACAAGAAUGUUUGUUCAAAUGAACUUGGGCAGACUUCACCCAGUUAUUAUACAGUAAUUCAGUCUCAAAAAAUUACUAUUACUUGUAUGUAAAUCGGCAUUUUCACUUGGGACACGAAGUUAGUGUAGGAUAUAGGAAAACACAUUUGUCUGUAAUGGAUAAACUUUCCUUUGAGUUGGGCAGUUUUGAGGAAAUAUUGCAGUGGAUUUUAACUACGUUGUUUCAAACCAGUUCAAGUACCAAAGGUUGCCAGAAGUGGGAAACUUGUUCUAUUCUUCAGCAUUUGUUACUUAUUCAUCUGGUGGAUGAUACAUGAUGUAAAUCUACAUUCUUUACCCAGAUCAUUUUAUCAUUUUCUAGCCCUCAAUUGCCAAAUAUCACAAUCACUUCCACAUGUUCAAAGUAACACUCUGAAUAAGGUAGAUUGUAAAUGCAACACUGAAGAAAAAUUACAAGUGGAUUUUUACAAGUGCUAUUAGGAUGUUAUCCUGUUUUCUCAUACAUUAAAAGGAUUUUUGCUUCUGAAUUUUAAUACGAAUAAAUUUGAUGCAUUAAAUUUAAGUGACAAUUUUAGCAUUUUCUAAAGUAUCACCGUAAAUUUUUAAAAAUUAAACCAUUGAACACUUUCUCCUAAAAGAUUUACUGCUCUACAGUGUACAUCUGAGAUAUCUUGCUGUUACAGGAAUAGAGUUUUCUAUGCCAUAAGCUGUUUACUGUUAGGGCUAAAAGGUUGCACUAAAGGUAGAAUUGAUUACACCUCAAUUUAGUACUUGUGACUUAUCUUGCACAAAUAUUUAUUUCAUAAUUCAGGUUAAAUCAACAAAUUUAAGCUUUUAAGCCAAAGUAGAUUUUGUAGUCACUUAAAUUAUCUGAAAUGCAGUGGCAUAAUUUAAAGGUUUGUGUAGCUAUGUUUGGAAAUGUGUACUUUACCUCAUUACAUUUUUACUCCAUUAUAAACCUUGUAGAUGUAUUUAUGAAAGGGUUCGAUGUUUUGUUAAGAAGUACUUGUUGGAAGCCUCAUGCUAGUUUUGCACCUGUUUAAAUUUUCUAGCUUGGCUAGAAAAUAUAUUUUUGUAUUUUGACACUUUCAAAUGUUACGGAUAACUUGUCCCAAAAAAAUAAAAGUUAUAUAAAGUAU